AUGGCCCGCUCUCUAGCCGGAUUAAGAUUUCUUCCCUUUCCAUUGAUUCUGGUGGGAAUGAGAAUCAUUUCGCAAGAACCACUGACAUCUGACCUGAAGCGUUCAGAACGGUUCCGGUCCCUCAUUGUCAACUCCGCGAGCGAAAAUCACGCCAUCGGAUGCCCGACCCAGGACAUUUGCCAUCAAGCGCGGCUUAGGGAUCGAAUCGGCUCCGUUCCUUUUCCGGGAACUCUAUUGUCGGCGGAGGAGUGGACUCCCUUCCGUUGGAGCUCCUCAUCCAACGCUGUUGCGCCCCUGAGGAUACCGCCGGACCUUUCCAGCAAUCACUCGCGCUCAGAAAUUCCUCGACCUUAUACGCCUUCGCCAAUCUUUAUUCCCGUUCCUCUUUCCAGUAGGGGGCACCAGGAGGGGGGCUACAGUGUAACCCCGGAUUCUCUCGCUGCGAAGGAAACGAAGAAAGCGCGCCCUCUUUAUGCGCAUCGGGGAGGAGGAGGAGGGUGCUCUUCGAACCAAAGGGAGGACGGCAAUGCCAUCGGAUCACAAAUGAUGCAUCAGCUUUAUCGCAUUGACAGACAGGAUGAAAGACUCUCAAGCUCCAACAGACCAAGUCGGAAAAGAGGAUACAUGAUUUAUUGGAGAAUAGACUCGUGGAGUAACUGCACGUCGGCUGAUAUGCUGGACAGACAGGACUCGCUGAAAACCUGA